AUGAGACUGGUCUUCGUCUUGGGCCGGUUUUGUCCACGCCCCGGCUUCCGAGCGCCAGCGUCGAACGGCACCGCCCAAUUCUACUCCACAUUCAGGAGCGCCUUCCGGAGCUCCCACCACCAGCCGAGACGGAUACCAUGGCGAAGCGACAGCAGCGGUAACCGCGGUCGAUACACGAAAUAUACCCUCCGAGCCGGCGGUGCUGGUGCCGGUGCCCUCGGCACAGCCGCCUUCUUCGAGCUCUCGGAGAAGGAUAAUGGAGGCACCGACCAGACGGGCGAGAAGCGCAUGCUGGAAGUAAGCCGAGCCGAGAUCAAGAAGAAGGUCGCCGACGACGAUAGUGGGAUUUCAAGAGCUUGGCAUACGCUGAAGAUUGCUGUUGACGUCUAUAUCUGGGAGCCCCUAUGCACGGGCGUGCGGUUCCUCCAUCUGCUCGUCAUCUUCGUCCCCGUCAUUGUAGCCGUUCCUGCUUUGUGGAUCGGUAGACGGCAGAAAGAUCGCGACAACGAGAGAAGUGGCACGCUAUGGUGGUACGGCUUCUUGGUCCAAUCCAUGGAGUGGGCCGGCCCAGCUUUCAUCAAGCUCGGUCAAUGGGCCGCCUCUCGCUCCGAUAUCUUCCCCAACGAAAUGUGCGAAAUCAUGUCCAAACUGCACUCCAACGCCCCGGCGCACUCGAUGCACGACACGAAGCGCAUCGUCUCUGCCGCCUUUGACGGACGCGACUUCAACGACAUUUUCGAAGAAUUUGACGAGAAGCCCCUAGGCGUAGGCGCCAUCGCCCAGGUCUACCGGGCCAAGCUCAAGGCCAGCCUCGCCGGCCCUGGUGACUCAGAUCUUCCGAAAGAACCUAGGCCGCUCCGUCACAAGGUCGCAAAGAAUGUCGAUGCUGCCCUCAAGAGCACGCCUAAGAGGGUCCCCUCCACCUACGUCGCCGUCAAGGUUCUACAUCCUCGCGUCGAGAGGACCGUCCGUCGAGACCUGCGUAUUAUGCACUUCUUCGCCUCAGCCCUCAAUAUCAUACCCACCAUCGAAUGGCUCUCCCUCCCCGAUGAGGUCGCGCAGUUUGGUGAGAUGAUGAAGCUUCAGCUCGACCUGCGCAUCGAGGCCGCCAACCUAGCCAAGUUCCGCAAGAACUUUACCGACCGCACGACGGCAUGGUUCCCAUACCCUUACACAGAGUUCACCACCCGCAACGUACUGGUUGAGGAAUUCGCGCAGGGUAUCCCGCUGGCCGACUUCAUGGAGAACGGCGGCGGCGUCUUCCAGCACGAUAUCGCCUCUGAGGGCCUCGACGCCUUCCUACGCAUGCUUCUGAUUGACAACUUUGUCCACGCCGAUCUGCACCCAGGCAACAUCAUGGUCCGCUUCUACCAAUCCCACGAGCCGGAUCUCAAGUUCCGCAGGAACCACGCCAAGGAACACCCGGAAGACCAAGACGACGUCACAGAGCAAGUCCUCGCGCGCCUGCGUCCCUACCGCCAUAGGAAGGACCCCACAGCCUGGGCGGCCGAGCUACGCAAGAUUGACAACGAAGGCUACCGCCCGCAGCUCAUCUUCAUCGACACGGGCCUGGUGACGGAGCUUAACGAGACGAACCGCACCAAUUUCCUCGACCUCUUCCGUGCCGUCGCAGAGUUUGACGGGUACAAAGCCGGUAAUCUCAUGUGCGAGCGCUGCCGCCAGCCUGACGCCGUGCUCGAUAAGGAGGUGUUUGCGCUCAAGAUGCAGCACCUUGUCCUCGGCGUAAAGAGCCGGACCCUCGCGCUGGGUAACAUCAAGAUUGGAGACAUCUUGCAGGAGGUUCUGGGUAUGGUUCGUGGUCACCAUGUUCGCCUUGAGGGUGAUUUCGUCAACGUCGUCAUCAGUAUCUUGCUGCUCGAGGGUAUUGGGCGCAGUCUGAACCCGGACAUGGAUCUCCUGAGCAGCUCUCUGCCCAUUCUUCGACAGUUGAGCGCACAGAGCGGUGCCGAGAUGGCGAAGCAUGGUGAUUUCAGCAUGUUGGUUGUGUGGGCUGGCCUGGAGACCCGGCGGUUCUUGCAGGCGAGUAUUGAGGAUGUCGAACGUUGCGUUAAAUACGAUCUCCUUGCGCCGAAUGUGUAA